CCUAUAUAUAUAUAAAAUACACUUAUCCCAAUUUGUUUAAUUAAAGUCGAAAAUAGAUAUAUAGUUAUUAGGACCAAACGAUAUUUCUUCAUACUCAAAGUAUCUUUCAUAUACUCAAAGUACGAUUGUACCAUCAUUGUUCCAUAAUUGUUUAACAAUAAUUAAAAGUGAUAAAAUUCAAAAAUGACUUUUGGGGUCAAGUUACUCAUUAUCGUCAGCGCACUACUUUCUUCAAGUUUACAAAUUUUUAUCGAAUCCCGAACAGUUGAUGCUUCUUGCUUGACGUACGACAUUGAAAGAAAACAUCCUGAUGGCUUGAGAGUAGGAAUUUUAACGACGGUUAGUAAGAAUGGUUUAGUAUCUAAAACUUAUUCCUGCGGUUUUUAUCACGCUAUGAAAGGAUCCGAAACAAUAACCUGCCUUAAUGGAAAAUGGUCAGAUCAUCCUCCAUCAUGUAAAGAGUAUAUCGAACCCUCACGUAGAAAUCAAACAGAUAUUUUAGAUGAAACAUGGUAUCAAAAUUUGGAAACUGAAACUGAGACUACUACUAAUCAAGAUUCAGAAGUCGAAAUUUAUGAUGUAUGAUAUUUUGAAUUUAAAUAAGAUUGCAUAAUGAUUAUUAGUUUUCGAUAAAUUAUGUAAAGUAAUUAAUUUAUUUAUGUAUUAAUAGUGAUUAAUUUAUUAAUUAAUUGGUAUUAAUUUAUUAAUUAAUAGUUAUUAAUUUAUCAAUUAAUAACCAAUUGAGGUUUGUGUUA